UUACACCCGACAUGUACUAUUACCAUACACUAUCUCUGAUCUUAGUGCUAGUCACCGGGUGCAAAGCGGCACCGUUUGAGCGGGUGGAAACGGAUCCAGAACUGACAGCUGGAUAUAUAGAAGGGGACAUGGUGCCCAGUGGAUCGGGAAGGAACAUUUGGCGCAAUGAGACUUUCAGAUGGCCCAAUCGGAUCGUCUACUAUCACAUUAAUAGUUACAUAGACAAAGAGCAUCGAAACCAAAUUGUGAAGGGUAUUCAAAAAAUUGAGUCCGUUUCGUGUCUGACUUUCAAAGAGGCGACAACCGAUCAGGAGUACUUUAUAAACGUGACCUCAGAGGACGGAGGCUGUUUCUCCUAUAUUGGUUACCUGAAUCGAGUUCAACAACUGAAUCUCCAGAGCUACGAAAUAGGAAUUGGCUGCUUCCGUCUCUACACAAUAGUCCACGAAUUCCUACAUGCCCUGGGGUUCUUUCACCAACAGAGUGCCGCCGAUCGAGACGAUUACGUCCAGAUUGUCGAGGAGAACAUCACCGAGGGGAUGGAGUUUAACUUCGAUAAGUACAGCGAGGCGACGGUUAAUGAUUUCGGAGAAAAGUACGACUACGACAGCGUCAUGCACUACGGUCCCUAUGCGUUUUCCAAAAACGGCGAGCGCACCAUCAAGACCUUGGACGAAGACAAAGAAGACGCCAUAGGUCAGAGGUUGCAGCUGAGUGAAACGGAUAUCAGAAAACUGAAUGCCAUGUACAGGUGUCCCCAUGUGCAGGACUCGUUUUGAACGCUCCUUCGGUCUGCAAAUUGGUCCUGUUGAGUAUAUAGUAGCUUAAUGAUGAUAAAUUUCGCACAUUGUCAU